AUGGCAAUUAAACAAUCAAAAACUAAUAAACAAUAUAUUCCUAUAUCUCAAGAAGAAGGGCCACCAUUAGUAGAAACAGUAUCUACACCUCCACCCACUUAUUCAGCUUAUGAUCAUAAUAGAAGAGAUGAAGAACAACAAGCAGCAUUAAAUGGAAAUACACCAAAUCAUGAAGAAUUCGAAUUACGAACAUUAGAUUCAUUUGAUUAUGAAUUAGAAGGAGAAGUACCAGUUGAAGCAGAAGAGGAAGAAGAAGAAACUGGUGGAUCAAGUAUGAAAAUGGCAUUUAUGAAUAUGGCAAAUUCAAUCUUAGGAGCAGGUAUAAUUGGUCAACCCUAUGCAUUCAGAAAUAGUGGACUUGUAGGAGGUAUUAUAGUAAUGUUGUUAUUAACAUUACUUAUAGAUUGGACAUUACGAUUAAUUGUCCGUAAUUCAAUCCUUAGUCAAACUAAAUCUUAUCAAGAUUCGGUCCAUUAUUGUUUUGGUAUAUGGGGGAAAAUCGUCUUAUUAUGUUCAAUUUGUUCAUUUGCUUAUGGAGGUUGUAUGGCAUUCUGUGUCAUUAUUGGAGAUACUAUCCCUCAUGUCCUAAAAGCAUUCAUACCAGCUUCAAUUACAGAACCAGGUACUCCAUUAGGUUGGUUAUUCUAUAGAAAUACAAUCAUCAUCUUAUUCACCACCUGUAUUUCAUAUCCAUUAUCCCUAAACCGAGACAUCUCCAAAUUAGCAAAAGCUUCAGGAUUCGCCUUGGUCGGAAUGUUCAUCAUUGUUGUCCUCACAAUAGUAAGAGCCCCCUUUGUUUCCAAAGAUCUAAAAGCACCACUCACCUUACCGGAAUGGACCGUCAACUUCGAUAUCUUUCAAGGAAUCUCAGUCAUAUCUUUCGCAUUAGUAUGUCAUCAUAAUACCAUGUUUAUCUACAACUCCAUGAAAAACGCUUCCAUGGGGAAAUUCGCCAAAUUAACUCAUAUAUCAUGUAUAAUAUCCAUGAUAUUCUGUUUAAUAAUGGGUAUAAAUGGCCUCAUCAAUUUCGGCGACAACACCAAGGGGAACGUCUUGAAUAAUUUCAAAAGUGAUGAUAAUUGGAUAAACAUCGCCCGAUUCUGUUUUGGACUCAAUAUGUUAACAACCUUCCCCCUUGAGAUGUUCGUCGUACGAGACGUCCUAAAAGAAAUCGUCCUUGCCAGAAAAGCCGCCUCGGGAGAAACUACCGCUUCGGAAUUAGAACUCUCUUCAAGGCAACAUUUCAUAAUCACUUCGAUAUUAGUAUUUUCCUCGAUGUCGGUCAGUUUAUUCACUUGUAAUUUAGGUAUGAUUCUUGAAUUGAUUGGGGCGACGUCGGCGAGUUUGAUGGCAUAUAUUAUUCCUCCAUUAUGUUAUUUUAAAUUAUCAUGGGAUCAAGAGGAUUAUAAAAAUGGGUUGCCGAAAGAUAGACGGAAGUUUUUGUGGAUGAAGGCGGUGCCGAGUAUUGGAUGUGUUGUGUUUGGGUUUUUGGUGAUGUUUAUUAGCUCAUAUAUGACUAUUAGGGAGUCGAUUGGGAAUAAAGGAGAGAAUCAUUGUGCAACUGGUUAA